ACUGAGCGUGUCUAUUUGAUACAGAUCCGCGCGAAUUGCUAUUGUCUCCAUAUACCUGGAUUCUUGCUGGAAUCCGUAGCCAACACUGAUUUGUGAAAUCUGCCUCCUGAACCACGAAAGGUCCUCCAUGGCGACGUCAUCCUCUCCCCUAGCCAAUGAUACGUCUAUAAGCGCAACAGCUGAUGUCGACAAAGAAAUUGCUGCACGCGUGAAUGUUCUCCAACGCAUAUCCAUAUCCCACCUUCCAAACGAGAUUCUCGCGAUGGUCUUUGAACACUACGAAGAAGAGAAGCGUUUCGAUGGAUCUGCGAGCGAUGGUGUCCCUGCUUGUCUAAGAGUCACACACGUCUGCAGACGCUGGCGCGAAGUCGCUCUCGGUUGUCCUGCUCUUUGGACAUUCAUCUGUUCAUCCUCUCCUCGUUGGCUAGGCACCAUGCUUGAGAGGUCGAUGAAUGCUCCUUUGAUUGUGACGUUUAAAUCUCCGGUCCCGCUACAAACAUGCUUGGAGCCUAUCCUUUCACAUCUAUCGCACAUCAAAGUCCUUCAAAUUCCCUUACUAGCAUCGGAUUUCGAACCCAUCAUCCGCUUGUUAUCUUCCCAACCUGCGCCGUUACUUGAAACAUUCGAAUUCACCAAACAGCCAUUGGUGCACAAUGAUCCCACAAUAUGGCUCAUAUCAAAUGCGAUUUUCCAGGGACACGCACCUCGACUUCGGAGUGUUCAUAUUACAGGUUGUGACCUGAGCUGGACAGCCCACAUUUUCAGCGGGCUUCGAACCUUAUAUGUCUACGCCAUAGGAAAAACCUCCUAUCCUACCAUACCGCAGCUCCUGUCAACUCUGAGACGCAUGCCUGCCUUGGAGCAUCUUACACUCGACUGGCUUGACAUAAUUUCCGAGGACAAGGAAACGAAGCUCCUCGACAAAGUACAACUCAAUUGUUUGAAAAGUAUAACACUAGGUCACCCCUCGAUCCGAAUUGCCGCGUCUUUCCUCGCGCAACUAGCCAUUCCCGUCGACGCCAAGAUCGUUCUUCGACUCCUUCAAUUUGAGGGCCUUCAAGAUUUUUCCGACCUGUUUUCCGCCAUGAACAUGCAUCCUGGUGGAUCUGGUUCCGUCUUUCGGGCCCUGCACGCCAGGUACUCGUGCCGCCGUUUGUGCGUUCAAUUUAGUACGUCGACGGUGAUGCGUCCUGCAGACUCCUGGGAUACUCGUGACGAUGUCAUACGGCUAUCGAUUGAAUUCGCAUGCGACAGGCACGCUGAACUCGAGCCAAGCAUCAUAUUCGAUCUUUGUCGAUUUGUCACGCAGGGUACUGGGAUUCAAAAACUCUCGUUGUCAGGGUUUAAAUCUGCAGGUAGAGAUUUCUGGCGCGCUGGAUCUGCCUACCUCCCGGAGCUCGAAGUUAUUCAUGUGAAGAACAUUGCCGUUGGGGGCUUAAUCGGUGCACUUGAGAUCAUCGAAGGCACACAGAUCUCAGAUAUACUAUAUCCCUCCCUUCGUGUUCUAGAGCUCGAGGCGUUCAACUUCGCGGCCGACUAUGAAGAACUUGAGGAAUAUGAGGAACUUGAGGAAUAUGAGGAAUAUGACGAGACGUUUCGGGAUCUCAUGAAAAUGCGAGCCAAACAUGGUGUCCCUAUACACGCCCUCCAACUCGCAGAGUGCACAUGUUUAGGUCCUGAUGAGGUGCAAGGUCUUAGGGAAGUGGUUGCGACUGUUGAUUGGGAUGAAUAUGAAGAGCCGGAAGAUGAGGGGGGGUUGGGCAUGAGCUCGAGGUUUUAGAGUAUGUACUAGUUUUGUUAUAUAUUGACGAUGUUUUGAUGCGUGUUACAGCAUUAAUUUUGUUGUUAUCGUCGACUGCUGUAUAUAUCUAAUGGUCUCCCCUACGCGGACCUAAUAUACCUCAUCUAUACCACAUUUCAUCUUGCUGC